AUGGCUCGAGAAAUGUCUAAAGAAGAUUUAUCGUGCGGUUCGCAGGAAGCAUCCACAAUGAUGGAUGGCCCCAUAAAAUUUAUUACAGAAAAAUUGAGUGGUAUGGAAACCUUUCAAAAAAAGAUAGAAGAUGCGCUACGAAUUUUAAACGCUGAAAAUUCUCAGCACGCAAAAGAAAUUGAAUAUCUCGCGAAGCAGGGAAAUAUGCUCUUAACGGAAGAUGAGAGUUCGGGAAAAAGAGAAAAAUAUACCUCAUGCGAAAAUCGUGUUUUACCAGAACCUGAAAAUUCGUCUAUUCCUGCGCAAGGAAAUAAGCAACUAAAAGAUCCCCUUUGGCAAAGUAUCGAUAUUCAAAAAGUAGAAAAUUCGUCUCUUCCUCCACUAGAAAAUAAUAGAACGGAUCAGGCUGAAAAUUACGGGCAACGCGUACCAGUAGUAACCCAGCAUCCCCAGGAAAGCACAACGUCCAUUCCUGUGACAACGUCUAUUCCCGCGAAGGACAUCAUCAGAACCGUCGAAGAAUUGAGAGGACGUGAUGAUGUGGAUCUCGAGGACUUUAUUAAGUCAGUAAAGCGUGCGAAAUCGAGAUGUUCGCAGCCGGAUUUACUAUUGGAUUUUAUAAUAGCCGAAAAAAUUAAGGACCAAGCAAAACGCGGAAUUCGCUUCAGUUCAAUAGAUGAUUAUGAUCAGUUGUUCUCCGCCUUAAGGCAAAAUGUAGGUAUAAUCAGUUCAGUUGAGUUAAGUCGGUCAAAACUCGAAUCCGUCAAGCAAACAGGGAUUGAGACCGUUCAGAAUUAUAAUAUGCGGUUCCGGCAGCAUUAUAAUGAAAUAAUUUAUGCGGUCCAGAACGAACAAUCAAAUCCAACUUCGCGACGCUUAGCAAUUCAGAUAGAGGAAAAAUCGGCAAUUAAAAAAUAUAUCAUGAAUUUGAAGGAUGAAAUCGGCGCACAAGUUCGUUCUCUCCGACCGAGUACUUUGAACGAAGAUCAGCAGGAAGCCUUAGAGUCUGAGGUUUGGUAUAGAGAAAAGCAUCACAAUAGAUACUCAAAUGUUAGACCACCCGGUAACAAACCCCUGACAAAACCGGCCUUUGCUCAAUCUAAGACAGCAUUCCAACAUGCAUCAUCCGCCUCAAAGUACCCAAGUAUUAACAACCCUCCAAAUGAUUCCCUGCCUUUACAACAAAGACUUCAGAUGUUUUGUAAAAUCUGCAAAAGACCGGGACAUAACGAAUCCCAAUGCUACAGUAGAGACCGAAAUUUUCCGAUAGGACACUCGAACUCCCGCUCGCCGAAUCGUAUCUACAAUUUACAGGUGGAAGAAGAACAUCCAGAAAAUGUUGCAGGCCAUCACGAAGAUCAACUAUCAACAGAGAUAGUCUCCGCAAUAUCAGGAAGACUAUUCUCAAUUAGAGCAAACCUACAUGGAACAAACAGAACAGGAAGACUUUUAGUGGACAGUGGAUCCUCACUCAACCUAAUCAAGGAUGAGCUUGUUCAAUUAAAUCAUCCGCGUGAAAAAUGUAUCAAAGUGUUCUCCAUGGGAAACGACCAACACCGGACAAACCAAAUAACAAAAUUUAAAUUCCAGGGAAAAGAGCAUGUGUUUGUUAUUGUACCAAAUGAUUUCCCACUACCAGAAGAUGGAAUUAUCGGAGCUCCAUUCAUGUACAACAAAGGAAUUAGCCAAGAAAUUAGAACUUCUCCGAAAGCUGAUCCUCUCCCAUGCACAAAUCUAGCAAAACACGAAAUUAUCUUAAAAGAGGAGAGACCCAUUAACAUUCCUUCUUAUCGCCAGCCAGAGUGUCAUAAAGCUGAAAUCAAUCGUCAAGUAAAAGAGAUGCUUAACAAACGAGUAAUCUCUAUGUCAAAAUCACCAUUCAACUCACCAUUAUGGGUUGUUCCGAAGAAAGCCGAUGCUUCUGGGAAGAAGAAAUGGCGCAUUGUCAUUGAUUUCAGAAAACUAAACGAACGAACUGAUCUAGAUGCAUACCCGCUACCAAUAAUCGAUGAUAUACUCGACCACUUAGGAAAUGCGAAGUUUUUGUUCAGCAUUUGA